AUGGAACGAGUCGUUGUUGUUAACUGGGUAGUGAUAUGUGUUUUGAUCCUUCUCCUUGAAUACAUUUCUUCAGUGUCUCAAAACGAUUUUCAUCAUCGACAUGUCAACAACCAAGGAAAUACACAUGGAGGACAUAUAAAAGAACCAUACGUGUGGCCCAGCCCCAAACUCGGAAGAAAAAAGCGCAACUCCAGCAGCAACGAUUUUUAUGACAAUCUUCAAAAAGAGGGACUGGCUAUGUUAAUAAUGGACGCCCUUCAAAAUGGACCUUUGUCAAACGGAAACGCCGGCAAACGUCACGUUGUUAAAUUUACGCCACGAUUAGGUAGGGAAUCCGAAGAAGAAAUUGUUAAUGGUAUAAGGCCAGACGAAAAUCAGUGGCCAUCGGAUGAUUCAGCGAUAUCUGCAGAAUAUUUAUAUCAAAGAUCGCCUCCAUUUGCGCCUAGAUUAGGACGACAUCUGCCAUAUUUACCUCGCUUAAGACAAAAUGACAGAAUGCCAUUUUCAUAAAUACGUGUUGUUUAUGUAUAAAAUGCUUAAUGUUCAUUUGAUUUGUAUUUAAGGAAUAAAAGAACAUUCGACUAUUA